GCUCUUUAUUGCACAACAGUUUUAAGCCAGCGGAGAAAAGAUGAAACAUCUGGUUUUAUUAGCUUUUUCAAUAUGCUUUUUGGAAAUAUAUUUCUGCAAACCAGAACAUGACAAAGUUCUGUCCAUUAUGGCUGCAACAGAGGAACAUGUUCUCCUACUACAGGACAUAGCCAGCCAUAACGAGACAGUGCUGUGGCAGCCAGCUGAUUUCAGUCACAUCACAACAAACUCACAGGUUCAUUUGUACAUCCAUUCAGGCAGUGUGGAGCAUAUUACUGCUCUACUACGUACAUAUAGGCUCAGCUACAGUGUGCUAUUGGAGAACACACAGGAACUGAUCCAGGAACAGACCAGAAAUGACACAACAGAUGCUCGAAGUGCUGGCAUGUCCUAUGAGAGAUAUCACUCUUUAGAAGAUAUCUAUCACUGGAUAAAUAAAACAAGCCAAGAGUAUCCAGACAUGGUAAAAGUACUACUGAUCGGCUCAUCCUAUGAGAAACGCCCACUUUAUGUCCUUAAGUUGUCAGGAAAAAGGGGUCCGGUGGAUAAAGCAAUGUGGCUGGAUUGUGGAAUUCAUGCUCGUGAAUGGAUCUCUCCUGCUUUCUGCCUUUGGUUUGUCAAAUAUGCUCUUUCAUUUUAUCAGCAUAAUGUGGACAUCACAACAAUGCUGGACAAGAUGGACAUUUAUAUCUUACCCGUCAUGAAUCCAGAUGGUUACAAGUACACAUGGACAACAGACCGUAUGUGGAGAAAGAACCGAUCAGUUAGAAAUUACACUGAUUGUGUUGGAGCCGAUCUGAACCGAAACUUUGAUGCCAACUGGUGUACAAAGGGAGCCUCCAGCAUUCCCUGUUCAGAGAUUUACUGUGGUCAGUUUCCUGAGUCUGAGCCAGAGGUGGAAGCUGUGGCCAAGUUCCUCCGCUCAAAUAAAGACACUGUCAAGCUUUACUUCUCUAUCCACUCAUACUCGCAGAUGCUGCUCUUCCCCUACUCCUGCACAUACGAGGAGGCCCCAAACCAUGCUGAACUGCUCGGACUUGUGCAGGAAGCAGCCUUGAAAAUACGCAGAUUUUACAAAAAUCUAUACCGCUUUGGUGCUGGAGCAAAGACAAUAUAUCUAGCUCCUGGUGGGUCAGAUGACUGGGCCUACAAUCAGGGGAUUGAAUACUCAUUUACUUUUGAGCUGCAGGACCGUGGCCGAUAUGGUUUUCUUCUUCCUACAACUAUGAUCUCUAGCGCCUGCAAUGAAGGACUGUUAGCGGUUAAAGUCAUAGCUCUGCGUGUUCUACAGAAACUUCAAUAAGAAUUACCAGAGAUGACACAGUGAUUUAUAAUAUGUAAUAGCCUGUAUUGGCUGUUAUGUUUUCUUAACACUCUGUAACACAUUUGAUUUAGAUUAUCAGCUUAUUAUAAAAACUUUUCAAUCAAUGCAUUUAUUAGAGAAUAGUAAUAAAACACAGCAUGGUGUGGAAAAAAAAGAUUUAGAAUAAAUGGUAAGUGACUCAUUGGUGA